AUGCCAAAGCGAAGAAAAGAUUCGGAGCUAAUUGUGAGGUAAUACUAGCAGUUAAAGAGAACUUUUAUCUCAAAUUAAAAUGAUUAGUCCUAUAUAGACAAUCAAUCCUAAAAAUAUGAUUAUAAGAUUCCAGAUAGUUAGUCUAGAAGGCUGUCUACUAAUGUAACAUCAAAAGAAAUGUCAAACUUCAAAUCAGCUAAUACUCUUAGAAACAGUAUUUUAUCUUUUAGAUUUCCUUAAGGCUAAAGAUUUAAGUUACCAAAGAAGCCUGAUUCUUCUGCAAUUUUGAAUCAGACUGAUUGGGUUAGUCAGCCUAAAUACUUUCAACACAAAAAGGGAUCCUCUUUUGGCUUUGGCAAUAGAGAAUUGUUUUAAAGACUACUUAAGGAAUACACAGAAAGACCAGCUCCAACAUAAUAUGAUAUAUAAUCAGAAAUAGAUUAAAAAAUAAAAAACUUGUCCCCUGACAAAUCGAAGUGUACCUUUGGACUGUCAUACGAAGCAUACAAGCAUACAUCUGACUUCGAUGUCAAGAGAGGGGUAAAAAUGAAUCCUAAGUAAAACAUGCCUGGUCCAAAUGCUUAUUCACCUACAAAAUAAAAACAUAAAUCUCCUGUAUUUACACUACAUGAGAAAUCAAAGACAUGCUGGUUCGACCCAAGCAAAGAAAUACUUUGCAAACCACCUCCAAAUAAAUAUUAAAUCUAGGAAAAAUUAGUUAAGAAUGGUAGAUUCAAAUAAAUUUCUCUUGGCUACGGCUCUAAAUUCAUAGGACAUUAUGAAAUUACUCCAUAAAGAAUAACACCAGGACCCGGUGAUUAUAAUUGGUAGGAGGGAACAGAACUAAGUGCAAGGCCUAAAUCAAUGAUGAAGAUGCAAUCAUCAAAGAAUGGCAUAGAUCUAAACCCUAGACCGAGAGAAUGCAGUUUUGCUGUAGAGCAUUCCGGAGAACCAUUCAAAUUUUCUGGAGCUAUCGAUGACUCUCCUCAGAUCAAGACUCCUAUAAGCUAUCAAAGCAUGUUUGACAAGGACACUGAAUUAUCUUUUUAUAAAAGAUCCUCUGGAAUUGAUCAAUUUACCACUAGUCGAUACUUAGAAGCAUCGAGUGUUGGCAGUAGAGUGAAAAGAUAGUAGUCAGCGGGGAGCAGGUAGUGGAUCCCAGGCUCAGCCAUAAGACCCCAGUGA